GACGUCACAAUCAUGCUUCGGGGCGUGUCAUCGAAACCUUGCUCGAAUUUUGAGCGGAAAUUCGCGUCAUACUAGUUCUGGAACGCCUCAUGAUGACGAAAAAGUCGCUUUCUUUCGCCGCUGUCAUGGUUGCCAUAGGAACAUCUAUGAUAAUAGCGGGUGUGACGUCACCAUGCAUUGUGAAGGUGUGUAAGAUACCAGGGAGUUCACCGAACGGGGAAUUACCUAUAGGUGGUUUUCUCCCGAUACCUCCCCACAUGAGAAGAGGACCGGGAAGAAUUCCUCCUCAUCUAAGGAAAUCCUCGGAGGACGGAGGAGCAGAUGAAGGGUGUGUGGAGCAAGGAUUAUUCUUUGUGGGGUUCGCGAUGGUGAAGGAUUACGUUUACAUUGCUACGCCAUUGGAAGAACAAGAGCAGAAGCUUCGAGUCGUCGCUGGUUUGAUUCUUAUUGGUGGGAUUGGUUCCAUGCUCGCUUUGCUCUUUUACAUAGUGGCUGCUUGUAAUGCAGAGAAUGGGCAUAGUGACGUCAUGUUCGUGACGUCAAAGCGGAACAUGAUUGCAACCGUGCUGCUAGGUGGCAGUGUUUGUCUUUUCAUUUCUGGGUUUUCUUUAUACACCCAACACAACUUGAGUUCGAUCGGAAAUUCAACGAUGUUUGUCGGUAAAGUCUUCAGCGCGAUAUCGGGUAUUGAUAGUGACGUCACAACUAACCUCAUUGUUGAAGAAGGCCUUGUGAUGUCACAACCCGUCACUGACGUCAUCAUCGUCAACCAGACUUCUGAUUGGACCGAUUCAAAUAACGUCACAAUACCUACAGCGGAAUCUAACAUUGAAGGAUCAAGCGCAAAUAUUAACUUCUUUGAAAAUAUGGGAGCCAUUGAUAACUGGUUCCCAUAUCCGAGCGACGAAGUUUUAGCAGUGCUCCCGAAUCCUUUUGAAGUUUACCACCCCAGUGGUUCCAGACGAAAACGUGGCAUACGUGGAUCACGUAGAAACCUCGGUAUGCUAGCAAUGCCGUUGUUAUACCGAAUAGGAAACGCAGAUCCUUACUUCGGGUAUUCCUUCUUUCUAUGUUGGUUCGGUUGCUUCUCUCACGUGGUGGCGCUCGUGUGCGGAGUUGUGACGUGGAUUACUCGAGCAAGAGCAUGCAAACUUAAGAGAGCUGUCGUUUAAAUAUUUUUAACUUUCUAUUAAUUUUCGCUUCGCUCCCAAACCCCCUUGCGCUUUCCACAUUCUCCAACCAUUGUAACAAGUUUAAUAUCUUUAUUACGUAACAUACGCGAUUAACGCUUAAUAAACGAUCACGUGUUCGAGA